GCACCAGUGAGCCCUGGGAAAGGCCCAGUCUGCACCCCUAGAAUCGGCAGGCAGGGAACCCACGAGCCUGCGCGUCUGCAUUUCUAACCGGCCCCCUGUGCUGCUGGUCCCAGGACCCUGCUCUGAGCCACAAGGCCGAAGCCCAGAAGGAAAGCCGCAGAGCUGGACCAGCCCUCAGGCCUGCCCGCCAUCCCGUCCCCACCCCCUCGAUGGGAAAGCAGGUGUCCCGCACCCCAGCUCUCUGACGGCCUUGUCUGCUGCCAUCCCCGUUCACGGGAACAUGAAAUGCCGUUCCCAGGAUGUGCCACAUCACAGAAACCCUGCUGAUUUCUGGAAAGAAACUUACAGGGCAGCCGCGUGCACUUCCAGUAAAUGCCCGCCCGCCGUGAGACAGCAAGGAGCCCCUGCUGUGGAGCCAGCUUCCACUGACAGUGCAGCUCGCCUCCAGAGAGGCCCUGGUGUGCAGGCAGGUGUCCCGCUCGCGGCGCAGGGACCGUCCAGGAGCAUCUGAGCCUCGCUCUCGGUGCCUCGGGGACAACCAUCCACCCUUCGUUAAACCCCUUCUGCCCACACUGUCUGCCACCAAAGUCCUUCCCUGACUGUGGCCUGUUUUCACGUCUCCAAGACUUUGACAUUUCUGUGUGAUUAGCCACAUGAAAAUGAGGUGGUACACCCGAGAGGGUGGGCCCUAAUCCGUGUGACUGUGACCCUGUGAGCAGGGGAGAGAGAGGCGGGAGGGGGAGUGCAUGGUGGCGAACAGGAAGGGCUGCAGAGGGAGCCCAGCCCCCUGACACCUGCUUUCCGGCCGGCCUCCAGACUGAGGCACAGGCCAUCAAGCAUCGGUCUGGGGGUCUGGGGCCGCCACGGCCAGUUAACCGCGAGGGGCCAGGCUCCUCGGGCCUCGUCUGCUGCCCUGGCCACCAAGUUCCAGCCCUGGCAGAGGCCUGCUGCCCCUGAGCAGAGGGACCCCCAGGCUGGAUGUGGGGUCGAGUGGAUCCAGCAGCCUCUUCGUGGGACUUGUCAGCAUCCAGUAGUGCCCACCAGCGAAGGGAAGGGCCCAGGAUGGAGGCUCAUGGAUCAGUCGCCAGGGUGCCCGGGCCCUUGUGGGGAGAGGAGCAGGGACUCUGUGGCUUCGGGGCCCCUCCCACCUCGACCCAGGCUCCAGGCUCACACUCGGAGCCUGGUCCCUCUCUGCCUCUGCCAUGGGCCCCACAUCCAUCACUCCAGCCACAGAGCACCUCUAACUUCCUUGGGGCUCUGGGAACCAGCACCACAAACGGGCUUCAAACUGCCUACAGCUGGAUCUGUGAGCAGAGCAGGCCUGGACCCUCGCCCCCACCUGGGGGCCAGCAGCCCAGGGAUGAGUGAGCAAGAGGGGGUGUGGGCAGGGCCCCGGAUGCCGCCCCUGCCCGCAGAGGCGGAACUGGACUUGCCAGGUCGGGGCCAGCCCACUGGACCGUGGAGCCGCCAGAAGCAGCACUGGGAGCCUCACGUUCUGGAGAAGGCCGGGAACACAGGCUGGCUACAGGGAAGCUGGAGGCCUUGGAAGGCGGGGCCCCUGGGGAUUGGUCUGGGCACACACCAAAGAGACACCUGGUCAGCCGUGAGUACCGGGGAAGCUGGGCACCUCCCACGGGCAGCCAGGGCCAAUGGGACUGGCAGUCCCUCCUAUCAGAUGGGGGCUCAUGGAGGCAUUAAGGCACUGUCCCACCUGAAGGCCUUGCCCGUGGCUGAGGAAAGAGGGGAGGAGGGACGGGAGGAGUGA